CGGGUCAGCAAGUAGUGUAGUGUUUCUCUAAUUGAACUUCGCCCAAUCAACAAUAACUCGUUAGCAGUCGCUUUCUUUUUCUUGGUGCCCGAGAAAGCUUUUUUCCCCUUGCAGGGAUUCACCCCCUCCAGUCUGUUACUUCCUAAAGAUCUACAUGGAGCUUGGCAGAGGACCUGCGACUCUCUGAGGGGGGAUACAGUCCGGCUGCCUUUACAACUACGCCCGAAGCAUGGUUAUUUUGGAGGAAAGCUCUCAGGCGAGCUAAGUUGCAGCAUUCGGCUUUAAGUGUCAAAAUACAGUGGAGGUCUAGGAGAAGCCCGAACGCCGGAGGAGAACUUGUGGAUCCGCCAUUUGAAUGAAAUAACCAACUUUUUUUGCAAGCAGCGAUUCUUCCGGACUGCGAUGACCUCCAGUAAAGACAUGAAGGCAGGUUCGGUGUUGCAGACCAGCGGCGAGGAGAGGAGACGGGCUCCCCUGGACCAGCUGCCGCCACCGGCCAACUCCAACAAACCGCUAACACCGUUCAGUAUCGAGGAUAUCCUAAACAAACCCUCCGUUAAGAAGUCGGUCGCGAGUAUCUGUCCGCCCAGAGUGCUGGAGAAAGUUACGGGCUCCAACUCGGCGAGGAACGGGAUCACCACGCCGUCCUCUCCGCUGUGCGCGCUGGAGGAGCUGGCCAGCAAAACGUUCAAGGGUCUGGAAGUCAGCGUGAUCCAAGCAGCAGAAGGUCGUGAGCAUGUAAACGCCUUUGGACAGAGGCAGACGUCGAAAAAGAGGAGAAAGUCGCGGACGGCCUUCACGAACCACCAGAUCUACGAGCUGGAGAAGAGGUUCCUGUACCAGAAGUACCUCUCUCCGGCCGACCGUGACCAAAUCGCGCAGCAGCUGGGACUCUCCAACGCGCAGGUCAUCACCUGGUUUCAGAACCGCAGGGCCAAACUCAAGAGGGACCUGGAGGAGAUGAAAGCGGACGUGGAGUCGCUAAAGAAAAUCACCCCACAGACCCUGCAGAAGCUCGUCACCAUGGAGAACAUUGAGGAUCCCCAGGGUGGGGGGCCCGAGGCCAGGUCGCCCAGCGUCUCCCCGACCUCUCAAGGACACCGAGCCUUCCCACAGUCCCCCUCCUCGUCCAGAGACCAAACCACGGAUGAAUUCUCGGAGGACGACGAGGAGAUCGAGGUGGACGAUUGACAGUCAGGGGGCUCUGUGAUUUUCAUAAACAGCAACAAUAAAAGAAAAUGAAAACGGGGACGUUUUUCUUCCCAAACUUUUGCACGGAUAUUGACAAAAGGAGAAUAUAUACAUAUAUGAACAGUACGGGAAAGUUUUUUUUUCUCCACCGCCUGUUUAAUUUUUUUCUUUCCUUCUCCGUUUUAAUUUAUUAAUCGGACUUGUAAAGCCUUCCAAGUCUGUCGUUUAAGUUUCACUGAGGAAUAUCUGCUUUCCUUUCAGACAGACCGAACUGUUAUGGUACUGGAAGACUGAAAAUUGUAAACGUUUUAAUAUACAUUUUAAUAUUACACAGUCGUUUUGAAGGGGGGGAUGAAAAAGUUGUGCAAUUACUUUUAUUUGCCAGUUAUUCACCUAUUUUUUUUUCUGUUAAAGGAAUCGGAUCUGCCAGUUAUUUAAAUCGCAUCCCUCCCUCUUUUUUUUAAAAAACAUACUCAUCCAGGGCUCUAUGUGUCCAUCCCACCACCUGAAGUGUAGUUUUUUUUCCUGUCCUGACAUAAAGGUGUCUCUGCAAGCAUGCAGGCCUAUUCGCUGCGUAAAGAAGGCACCACUAUUAGUAUCGACUGCAAACUUUUCCACGCUCUGAGUUCUGUAUAUAGAUCAAACAUCCUAUGCGAUAAUUUUAUUGUAACAUUCUAUUUAAUCAGCAUCUAUGUAAAUAAAGGUUAUAUGAUAUUUCAAGAAGCUUUCAGCGCGAUUGGAUGUGUGACUGUGCAGAAGAUCAUAAAAAAAUAACGAUAGUGAAUUUUAAAACAACUGAGGGAUGAAUUAGUAGUGUGUUCACAACUUAAAUGGGCUGUUUAUAUAUUUUAGAGGCACAAAAAUACUACUUUGGUCUCAUUGCAUUCUGUAAAUCUGUACAGGAAUGCUAAGAGAUAAAGACACGCUUAAGAUAUUUAUUACAGGAAUAAAAUUACGCAUGGAUUCGCCCUGGGAGAUUAAAGAAACGCAUCAAAUAUUCACCCGAAAAUCUGCUUCUCUUGGUAAAAACGGGACUUUUUGAAUAAUUGACCCCUGCUUUCAGCCUUGAAGUGCCACGACUUCAAUUAGCAGCCGUCCACCGCCUUUAUUCCCAUUCUUUCGCCCGGCUUUGAAUACAUCUUGUCACAAGAAGGUCCCGGUCUGGCUGCGGUGUUAAGAAAAGCUUCGCCUCCACCCCUGCGCCAUAUGUUUUCUUCCUCCUUCCAUGAAUCGUCUUUAACACAACUAGUCGACAUGAUUGAUUAGGUUAACCCGCCUUUGCCUUACAUAAAACAGCUUCCACCGAGCCGUGGGCAAUAAUGGCACGCAUCUGCCACUCUUGACUCGGGUUUGUUUGGAAACAGG